UGUCCUGUUCACACAGAGCAGCAACUUAUGUAGACAGUGGAGGAAGUCACUGCUACAAAGAAACUCGUCUUUGUUGUUUAGUUUUGUGUUAAGUUAUGUCGUCCUGCGGUUUGUUGGUGUGUUUGCUGGCCGUGUUUCAGCUCGGCUCCCGGGCUCAGUACCCUCCCGAUGAGGUGACCCAUCUACCGGGGAUGAAGUUCAAACCCAACUAUCUCCAGUGGUCGGGGUACCUCCAUGCACGACCCGGCGUGUUUCUGCACUAUUGGUUUGUGACUUCUCAGAGGGACCCCGUCAAAGACCCCCUGGUGCUCUGGCUGAAUGGAGGCCCAGGCUGCAGCUCACUGGACGGAUUCCUGUCAGAGAAUGGACCCUUUCAUGUCUCUGAUAAAGGAGCCACGCUGUAUGAGAACCCAUCCAGCUGGAACAAGAUUGCCAAUGUGCUGUACAUUGAGUCUCCUGCAGGAGUGGGAUAUUCCUACUCUGAUGACAAGAAGUAUGCAACUGAUGAUGAUCAGGUCUCUGACGAUAAUUACAGAGCCUUGCAGAGUUUCUUCUCCAAGUUUCCCAAUUUCACUAAAAAUGAGUUCUUCAUCUUUGGGGAAAGUUACGGUGGCAUUUAUGCACCGACUCUUAGCCUGCGUGUGGCUACUGGAGCGGCCAAGAUCAACUUCAAGGGCUUUUCAGUGGGAAAUGGUCUCAGCAGCUUUGCUCUUAAUGACCAAUCUUUGAUCUACUUCGGUUACUACCACGGCCUCUUUGGAGAAGAUUUGUGGCGUGAUCUGAACAUAAAUUGCUGUGACAAGGGGAACUGUGACUUCCACAACUCCAGUUCAGAGACCUGCAAGACAAUGGUGAAUGUGGCCUUUGGAAUUGUGUAUGGUAGCGGGCUUAAUGUGUAUGGCCUGUACUUGGAUUGUGUGGGUGGCGGAAGAUCCCUCACAAGCUACGAUAGGACCAUGAGUCAGCUGUUUAAGAACAUCAGGAAACGCCCACAAACCCACAAGUUUUCAGAUGGAGUGUCGUCCAUCAUGUCUCUGGGUGAAGUCCCUCCCUGCAUCGACAGCACGGCUCAGAUGAACUGGCUGAACAGAGGCGACGUGAGGAAAGCUUUACACAUCCCAGCCACCCUGCCACCCUGGGAUCUCUGCAGUGAUGAGGUGGGAAACCAGUACACCAACCUGUACCCAACAGUGAAGGCCGUCUAUGUGAAGCUGCUGUCUCUGGGCCUGCGGGCUCUCGUUUACAACGGCGACACCGACAUGGCCUGCAACUUCCUGGGAGACCAGUGGUUUGUGGAAGACCUCGGUCUGAAGGCAACCACAGAGUACAAGAUGUGGCAUCAUGAUAACCAGGUGGCCGGUUUCUACCAACAGUACGGAAACAUCACUUUCCUGACAGUCAAGGGUGCAGGUCACAUGGUUCCUCAGUGGGCUCCAGCGCCAGCUUUCCACAUGUUCCAGUCCUUCAUAACAAAUGCCCCCUACUGAGCCCUGAUGGAGACUGUGUAGUGUACCUGCACUCAUCACUUCGGAUGGCACAUUAUUCUCAGGGAAGAUGAAUUUAAAAGGGAAAAUGACUUUAAUGGCAAUUAUUCAUAUCUAAUUUGUUCGUGGAUGACUUGCACUAAGUAUUUGAAGAGGGACAAUGUUUGUUUGGACUUGAAAUGAAAAUGUAGGCUUUACUCCUGGCUCGGGAAUUUGUGCCUUAAGUCUGGUUUUCAGCAAGUAUUGCAGCUGCUCAUCGGACUGUUGACAAAAUUCAGUUUAGUCUUAAACGCAACAACAGGCAGGUAGGCCAUCCAGUUAUAUUAGCCGGGCCGGCUAAAAGGAUUGGUCGUGCUUCCACAGAUGACCUUUUUUUUUUAAUGGAUUUCUUAAGAUAUUCAUUGCUAUCGGGAUGUUAAGAGCAUUCCAUGGAAUAUAACAAAAAGUGUAUCUCGAGCCGGUUUCUCAAUCUUACCUACCCUACCUUUAACAUGAUCAAAUGAAGCUAUGCUUCUGUGGCACUGAUUGUAAAGUGGAUACUUUAUCCUCUGGAAAUAAAAACAAUGCUCCAAUCGUUUGCUCUAAACUGACUUGACUUGUCUGUUUAUUAAAUGUUUUUGAACUGCCA